GCCACAACCCCGCCGCUCAGUGAGCGUAAACAAAGCAAAAAAGGAAAAGAAAAAUCAACAAAAACAGCGAUUUAUUCGCUUUAAACGACUGAAGCGAAUAAAACAAAGUUACCAGCUGCAUAAUAUUAAACGGGUUAUGGAUACAGGAGGAGCAACGACGCGGAGGGUGAGGGAGCUGCCGCCUCUCCCACAGAGAGGCCAGCGAUCUCUUCCCACAAUGUCGAGUCAAGACACAGAAGAUGUUCCAGCACCAAAGCACAAGAAGAAGAGAGCGAAAAAGGAGACAAAUGGGGUGGACGAUACAGACGAUCAGGGGAUGGAGAUGGGAGGCAUGGGCAGCCGCAGGGCUUCUGGAAUCGGGGAUCAUCUGACCCUUGAAGCCACAGUCGAGGCCCCGCCACAGAGGAGGAGGAAGAAGAAGAAAACUGCCACUAUAGGUCUUGAGGACGACCACGCCGACCUGGUGAACGGAGACACCGCGGACCAGACCACAGAUGGAGAAGAAGUGGUCAGGAAACCCCGAAAGAAAAAGAAGUCCAAAGUUGUCGAGACGCAGCUUCCCGAUGAGCUGGACAUACCGGAGGAUGACAUCAUCGCCGACACCCCUCCUCCAUUGCCGCAGCAUUCCCUGUUUGCCGCCCCACAGGGUCAGAGCCAGCCGGUCGGGAAGGUGUUUGUGGAGAGAAAUAAGCGUUUCCAGGCUGCUGAACGCUCCGAUUGGAGGAAGAUCAGCGACCCGAUGGACAACAUGGCAGACUUCCAGCACAUGCAGCCACUGUGGACCACCAGAGAUGUUUCCAUCAGAGUGCAUGGAGGCUUCAGGGUGUUCGGUCUAUACUGUCAGGGCUUCCUGGCCGGCUACGCCGUGUGGAACGUGGUGAUGGUGUACAUGCUAGCCGGGCAGCACCUCACCUCCCUGUCCAACCUGCUUGAGCAGUACCAAAGCGUGGCGUAUCCCUCCCAGUCUCUGCUCUACAUGCUGCUGGCCAUCAGUACAGUGGCAGCCUUCGACAGGGUGAAUCUGGCCAAAGGCCCCGUGGCUCUGCGGGAGUUCAUCACGCUGGAUCCGGUGGCUCUCGCCUCGUUCUUGUAUUUCUCAGCGCUCGUCCUCUCUCUGAGCCAGCAAAUGACCAGCGAUCGGAUCAACCUCUAUUCCAACAACACGGCACUACUGCCUACAGGGUUGGAGCACCAAAUUCUCCACCCAUGGGUGACUGUCAACCUGGUGGUGGCCCUGCUGGUGGGCCUGGCCUGGAUUUUAAUCGCCAUCAGACCUGAGACCGACUACACGGAGGGUUACCUAAUGGCCAUGGAGAUUGAGCCUCCAAAGCUAGAGGACAAAUCAGAAAUGACCGCCUGAGAGAAUUAAGAAAUUACUGUACAGCUUUUUUUGUCAUUUUGCACAUAUUUUUGCAUUUUGUCGUGAAUGUUGUUUAAGUUAUUUUUGUACGUUUGAAAUAUGUUUAUUUCUUUUUAAAUACAGAGAUUUAAAGAAUA